UAUACAAAUGGUAGUCAAACAGAAUGUAUGUAAAGGGAAGCACAUGCUGAUAUUCGUUGAUCUGUAAUACGUGCCUUUACAUAAAAUGGCGAUGAGGCAAUGAAAAAUAUGUCUUCACUGUCAAAGACACCAGGCAAUGGCUCUAUGCCACAAGGUGGAAACACAUACUUACUUCACAAAAGAAUUCAUUGCCCCUUAAUCCACAAAACCAGGAUAUCCAUGACACUUCCUCUGAACUGCUCAUUUUGAAAAUCUAAAAACUUGGAACCUGCAACAAAACAGAUUAGUACUAGAGGAGUCAACCAUCAAUGAUCAAUAAAUGAAUAACCGAUCGGCACUAAUAUUACAAUAAUAUGAAACUGAACCCUCUUCGUUUUCACCAGCCUCACGAGUCCCGUCACAAUCUACAGUAGGCCUACACAGUCAUUUCGAUACGAUGUUGUUUCCCGGCCGGAGGGCCGAGGGAAACUUGCAUGAUACAUGCAUGCGUAGUCGAGGUUACAAUGCAUACUGCUCAUUCAUGCACGCGAAAUAUCAAGCAAGGAGCGCGAUGGGAAAGAUCUAGGCCUAUACAGAUACUCAUGCUAUGCGAUGACUGGCAUGCAUAACACUGCGCAGUGUGUGGAUCGUCCAGUAGUGAGUAGAAGAGAGAAAGAGAAAUGGAUUUUCGGAGUGGGGGAUGGGCCAAAGUCGAAGGCGUUUUACCAACAAACGGGACACUAUAUUUCUUGAUGUAUGGCUUAUUUCUAUUGUGUUUGAUUUCAUUUAUCUAUUCAUGGCCGUGAUUAUGACCUGGUGCCAUAAAUAAAGGAGAAUUUUCAGUUUAUUUGAGGUAAUUUUCUCCAAAACGAAACUUUUUCUACCUUGGUUUCGCAUACUCACACUGCGCAUGCGUGCCUACCGGAACUUGAAGUGCGCAUGUUCCAGCGGCAAGAUUCGAUAUUUCCGGUUUUCAUAAGAGGACAAAAUGGCAGAAAGACCUGAAGAUCUGAAUCUUCCCAAUGCUGUAAUAGCUCGAAUUAUUAAGGAUGCGCUCCCAGAUGGUGUGAAUAUAGGAAAAGAUGCCAGGCUUGCAAUAUCGAAAGCUGCCAGUGUGUUUGUUUUGUAUGCUACCUCAUGUGCUAAUAAUUUUGCAAUGAAGGGUAAAAGAAAGACAAUCUCAGCGCAAGAUGUAUUGUUGGCAAUGAAUGAUAUGGAGUUUGAACGAUUUGUAGGGCCGCUUAAAGAGGCUCUCGAAGCUUUCAAAAAUGAACAGAAGAGCAAAAAGCAGGCAUCUGAGCAGAAGAAAAAAGCCAAGGAGGCGGCAGCAAAUGGAGGGGCUGACACAGAAGCAAUGGUGACAGAGACUGAAGAAGCACAAGAGGAGGAGGCCCCAGAUGAUGAGGGGGAUGAAGGGGAGGGAGAGGAGGAGGGCGAGGGGGAAGAUGAAGAGGAGGGUGAAGGGGAUGAGUCAGAGGAGGAAGAAAGUUCAUGAUUGUUUUGAUUUGAAUAAGACAUUUUGUUGUGGACUGGUUGCUUUUGGGGACCGAGUUGUUUAAAAUAACACUGCCUGUGCUGGAGUAUGGUUGAAAGCUGAAAAAGUUCAAGAUGACCGGAUGUUAUAUUUGAGAUUUAUCGACCCGACUGAAUAAGACGGGGGUCUGGUAUGAAACGUUGAGGUGAUGUGCAUAUUUUCUGACUGAACUUGUUAUUUUUCAUUAA